UGUCCGUUUGUAUCGUCUCUUUCGUUCUCCAGUCGCCAAACAAGUCUUAAACUUUAUACUUUCAGAGACCUCGCCGCUCCUUGGCGGCUGUAAGAGGCCGCAAUUGCUUCCUCCGUUAACUGCUUCGCCGCCUCUCUCCAAUAUUGUAGUUGAAUUUAGUGCUCAAAUACUUCAUCUUCUACUUACACUGUUUUUGAGGUCUCGAGAGGAAGAUGGGCGCUAAGGGCUUGGAGAGGAAGCAAAAGAAAAAGAAGAAUAAAGAUGGAGAAUCACAAACAAUGAACUCUAACUUUGUUCAAAAUGAGGAAAAUAUUCCCAAGGUAACCAAAGAAAAGAAAAGGAAGAAGAAGAACUUGAAUAUGCAAAAUAGAAGAAGCAAAGAUGAUAUAGAUGAAUGUCAUAUCGCAUAUCAUAAAGAUGAAUCAAAUAAUGCAGAUGGGGAAAAGAAAAAGAGCAAAUCAUCAAAGCAGAAGAGGAAAAGUAACACACUUGCUGAAAGUGGUGGAGUUAAUCAAUCUAAUGAAAUAGAGGAUGAAAUUGGUCGAGAAAAUACCAUAUCAAGUGAGCCUGAUAAUCAGGAGACAAGAAAAUCCAAGAGAAAGAAGAGAAAAAGUGACAAGAAAGCUGAAGUUGACGGUGUCCCCAAACGACAAAGAGGCAAUUUAAAAGAGACCAAUGACAUUGUAGAGAAGGAUCAUCCAUUAUCAAUCGCUAAGGAUAAUUUUCCAGUGGAGAGAGAACAAGUUGAAGAAGAAGAGAUUUAUGAACUAUCUUCAGGGGAUGAGGAUUACUCCAAAGGAAUGAGAAAAUGGAUUGCUGAUUAUUAUCAGAAUAGGCCAGGGUUAGAUGUGUUACAAGAAAGGAUUGAUGAGUUUAUAAUUGACUACGAGGCGAAAAAGGAACAGGAAAAGAAAGAAAAAGAAGCCCUUGCUGCUGAAGAUGGAUGGACUGUUGUUGUACAUCACAAAGGCAGGAAAAAGACCACAGAUUCUGAAACUGGAAUUGCAGUCGGUUCUGUUUCUCAGGCUGCAGUUAUGGAUAAUGUGGCCAAAAAGAAAAAUAAAGACGUGGGAUUAGAUUUCUACCGGUUUCAGAAAAGAGAAGCAAAGAGAAACGAGAUUAUGGUGCUGCAGAGCAAGUUUGAGCAGGAUAAGAAGCGGAUACAACAGUUGAGGGCUGCAAGGAAGUUUCGACCUUACUGAACAAAGAGAAGUUCUCCAUAAGAGACUUAUAGCUGCACAAAUUUUACAGAGAACCGGUGUCAAGAUUGUUCAGUUCAAAUUCUGCUUCCUUGAGAAUCAGCUUAGCUAACAACAGAGGGUGAUUGAUAAGAUUAUAUGAUAUGCGUGAGAUGAGUGAAAUGAACUAUUGUUCUUGUAUGUAGUCCCCAAUUUGGUUGUAGUUGCGUAGAUGCCAAAUCUUUUUUCACUGAAGCUUAUGCUUUAUGUUUCUAAUCGUAGGAAUUUCAGUUACAACUCAGAUUGAUUGCCUGAUUCUCUCAUAGUUGAAUCCCAAGCUUGUUGCCGGGGAAAUUAAAGACUUGCAUCUUUUCUGUUGUAGCAUUCUCUGUUCUAUUUAUCUUAAUGACAGUAUUUCCUAGGGAGUUUGAUCAUUAAA